UGCUGCUGCUGGACAUGUCUGUGGACGACGGAGACGCCAAGAUCCAGAACCAGCUGAAGAAGCUGCAGAGCCCCGUCAUCCUGCUCUACUCCACCAAAGAGGAGGCCAACAUCAUCUUGGAGGUGGCGCACUCGGUGGGCCUGACGGGCUACGGCUACACCUGGAUCGCCCCGUCUCUGGUGGCGGGAGACGCCGAUCACAUCCCGGCCGAGUUUCCCACAGGCAUGAUCUCGGUGUCGUAUGACGAGUGGGAUUAUGGGUUGGAGGCGCGCGUGCGUGACGGUGUAGCUGUGAUCGCAUCAGCGUCGUCCACCAUGAUUAUGGAGCGCGGGCCGCACAUGCUACUGAAGUCUGAGUGCCACGGGGCCCCUGACAAGAAGAGCCACAGCACAAGAAACAACAACGAGGUGCUCAGGUAUCUGAUGAACGUGACGUUCGAGGGCCGGAAUCUCUCCUUCAGUGAGGACGGCUAUCAGAUGCACCCCAAACUGGUGAUCAUCCUGCUGAACAAGGACAGACAGUGGGACAGAGUGGGUAAGUGGGAGAACGGCUCUCUGUCGAUGAAGUUUCACGUGUGGCCGCGGUUCGAGCUGUACUCUGGGACGGAGAGCCGUGAGGACGAUCAUCUGUCCAUCGUGACGCUGGAGGAGGCUCCGUUCGUGAUGGUGGAGGACGUGGAUCCACUCAGCGGCACCUGCAUGAGGAACACGGUUCCCUGCCGCAAGCAGCUCAAAUCACUGAAUCAGACGGGGGAUUCUGGCAUCUACAUCAAGCGCUGCUGUAAAGGCUUCUGUAUCGACAUCCUGAAGAAGAUCGCCAAGUCUGUGAAGUUCACCUACGACCUUUAUCUGGUCACCAACGGCAAACACGGCAAGAAGAUCAACGGCACGUGGAACGGGAUGGUGGGAGAGGUGGUGCUGAAGAACGCUCACAUGGCCGUCGGCUCGCUGACCAUCAAUGAGGAGAGGUCAGAGGUCAUCGAUUUCUCCGUGCCCUUCAUAGAGACGGGCAUCAGCGUCAUGGUCUCACGGAGCAACGGCACCGUGUCUCCAUCUGCGUUCCUCGAACCAUUCAGUGCGGAUGUCUGGAUCAUGAUGUUCGUCAUGCUGCUGCUGGUUUGUGCCAUCGCUGUGUUCGUGUUCGAAUACUUCAGUCCCGUGGGCUACAAUCGCCGUCUCAUCGACGGCAGAGAGGCCGGAGGUCCGUCGUUCACCGUCGGAAAGGCCAUCUGGCUGCUCUGGGGUUUGGUCUUCAAUAACUCUGUCCCAGUGCAAAACCCCAGAGGAACCACCAGCAAGAUUAUGGUGUCUGUCUGGGCCUUCUUUGCUGUGAUUUUCUUGGCCAGCUAUACUGCUAACCUGGCUGCAUUUAUGAUUCAGGAAGAGUACGUGGACCAGGUGUCGGGCCUCAGCGACAAAAAGUUUCAGAGACCCAAUGACUUCUCCCCGCCGUUUCGCUUCGGGACGGUGCCGAAUGGCAGCACCGAGAGAAAUAUCCGCAAUAACUACAGAGAGAUGCACUCCUACAUGGUCAAAUUCCACCAGCGCAACGUGAAUGAAGCGCUGUACAGUUUAAAAACAGGGAAGCUGGAUGCCUUCAUUUACGAUGCCGCGGUGCUGAAUUACAUGGCGGGCAGAGAUGAGGGCUGUAAGCUGGUCACCAUCGGCUCUGGGAAAGUGUUCGCUUCCACCGGCUAUGGCAUCGCCAUCCAGAAAGACUCGGGUUGGAAAAGACAGGUGGACCUUGCCAUCCUGCAGCUCUUUGGAGAUGGUGAUAUGGAGGAGUUCGAGGCUCUCUGGCUCACCGGGAUCUGCCACCAUGAGAAGAAUGAAGUGAUGAGCAGUCAGCUGGACGUGGACAAUAUGGCGGGUGUGUUCUACAUGCUGGGUGCUGCCAUGGCUCUGUCGCUCAUCACCUUCAUCGCUGAACACGUCUUCUACUGGCACCUGCGCUUCUGCUUCAUUGGCGUGUGUUCUGGGAAACCAGGGCUCACCUUCACCAUCAGCAGGGAGAUUUAUAGCUGUAUUCAUGGAGUUGAAAUCGAAGAUAAGAGUUCAUCACUGAAUUCACCCUCUGCUACCAUGAACAACACCCACUCAAAUAUUCUGCGUCUGCUGCGCACCGCCAAGAACAUGGCAUCUCUCUCCAGGGUCAACGGUUCCCCGCACAGUGCACUCGACUUCAUCCGCCGAGAGUCCUCCGUGUAUGACAUCAGCGAGCACGGCCGCAGCCUGGCCGGACACUCAGACUGCAAGGCCCCCUACCUGCCCGACGACAACAUGUUCAGCGACUACAUCAGUGAGGUGGAGCGCACCUUUGGCAACCUGCACCUGAAGGACAGUAACCUGUACCAGGACCACUACCUGCACCACCACGGAGGUUCAACCCUGGGGCUGAUGGGCCCCAACGGGCCCCACAGCCUGGGCUCCAGCAGUUCUCUGGAGGGCGGCAUGUUUGACUGCGAGAGCCUGGGCGGCGGUGUGGCCCCCAUCUUUAGCACACAGCCAUGUUCUGCCCUGACCCACAGGAACAUGAGCAAAUUCGACCUGCUGCAGAGCCAGACUCCUCCGUCUGGGCCAGGCUUCAAGCAGGGACUGGCCGACCUGUACGGAAAAUUCUCCUUCAAAGGCGGAGCAUCCAGUUCAGGAUAUAUCGCAGGGCACGACCGGUUUUGCGGCGGUGCAGAUGAUGGAAACAUCCGUUCUGACGUGUCUGACAUUUCCACUCAUACUGUGACCUAUGGCAAUCUAGAGGGCAAUGCUAAGAAACGCAAGCAGUAUAGAGACAGCCUGAAGAAGCGGCCUGCAUCGGCAAAGUCCCGCCGAGAACUCGAUGAGAUUGAGCUGGGUUACCGCCGCCGCCAGCACCAUGGCCACCACCAUCAUCACCAUGGGCAUCGCUCGGCUUCACCUCCAUCUGAGCGCAAACGAGGCGGUGGCGUGAGCUCAACCUCAUAUCUGUUACAGGACAAGGAAAGCCUGAGGGAUUUCUACCUGGACCAGUUCCGGCCCAAAGAAGGCAUCCCGCAGUGGGAGCAUGUGGAUCUUACAGAUGGUCCCAGUGGGGGAGGAGGAGGAGGCAACUGCACCAGCCUGGUGUCUGUGGAUGACUUCCUGAAGGGUAAACCCAAGAAGCCGGACAGCAAGAGUGGGAGCAGUGAGUUGGAAUGUCGUAGUUGUCGUGCCAGCAGUGCGGGCAGCAAGCAGACGACCCUGCAUGGAGGUGGAGCUAUGCACAUGGGUGGGACGGGCUACGUUGGCAGUGGUUGUGUGGCAUCGGGGGGUGGAGGAGGGGUUGGGAGCAGCCGCCCAAGUUCAGCCACUUGCAUGCGGUGCGAAGCCUGCAAGAAGUCAGGCAACCUGUAUGACAUCAGCGAGGACAGUAACCACCUGUUGGAGCAAAUGGGCGGCAGUAGGGGUCAGACGCCGGCGCAGCGCCGCAGGGCCUUCAGCGGGAAGCCGCUACGCCGGCAACAUUCCUAUGACACCUUUGUGGACCUGCAGAGAGAAGAGUUAGGAGGGAUGGGCGUGCCGCUGGGGUUCGGUGGCCCUGGGGCACUGCCGCCACCGCGCAGCGUGAGCCUCAAGGAGAGGGAGCGCUGCAUAGAUGCCUCUAGUCCCUUCGCACACAUAUUUGAGCAUCCGGGAGUUCCCGAGCAGGACACGGACCGUGACCCGCUGUUCUAUGGAGCCGCCGAGAGGGGCGCGGGAUCGCCAUUCGGGUUGUUCCGAGCGGGGGAGAAUGCACCCCAUCGGCGCUCGGUGGGCGAGAGGGACCUGAGAGAAAGAGGACUCAUGGAGGGGCCAGCGCACUCCUUAUCCAAAUCUCUCUAUCCUGACCGAACCGACCACAACCCUUUCAUCCCUACCUUUGGAGAUGACCAGUGUCUGCUGCAUGGUGCCAAAUCCUACUACAUCACCAAGCAGCAGCAGCACAGCGACUUGCUCAGCCCCAUGGGCGUGACCUCCUUCCUGCCAGCAUCGGCCACCUCAGGAGUCAUGUCUAACUUGGCUCCGCACUUUCCUGCGGAGUUGUGCUUGGGGAACCACCACACCAGCAAGCUCAGUCUCGGUCCACCUCGACCUUUCAACGGCAGCAACGGACACGUGUAUGAGAAACUCUCUAGCAUAGAGUCUGACGUGUGAGAAAGAGCAAGGAGAGCGGUGAAGAGCAGACACAUUCUGUUAGCGCUCCACAGCCAGAUUUUAGCAGAACACGCAGAACUUGAGAGAAUUGAAAAUGUCAUUUCCUGUGAAGUUCACGUUUACACCAAUGGGUUCAUCUCCACGAGCUGGUGAGAACAAGAGCACGUCCAUCUGCCGAGUGUGUGCAAGAAGAAGAACAGGAGAGCAGAUGGCCCAUUUCACCUCCAUCCCUCGCCAUCACACCAGAACAGCCCUGUCCUGUACUCUUGUCUUUUGUGAAGAUACAAUCAUGAAAGCAUAAUAAAUGCUCAUAGAUUUUUUUUUGAAACAGGGUAAUAACUGUACCUCAGAGACGUAGUGAAGACACUGCUGACUGGUAAUCUGUUGUUGAAAUUGGGUUUCAUUUGUCUGUUGUUUUCCUGACCCUGCUCUAGAGGUCUUUACUGAGCGUUAGGGAUAUUUGAAUGUGAUGAAUCCAGUCUCCGCAUCAACCUAAUGUAUCCAUGGCAACAGCCUCUCCCAUGCUGUAGACUGCCGUGAAACACGCGUGCAUUAGUGAAAGUGCACAAGCCUCUGCUGAGUUUUAUGCCAUCAUUUAUAUUCAAGUCUCUACUGCCGUGAUAUUUCAUAUCUAACGAGAAAUCUUGUUGAUACGCCUUUGGUUACACUCAUGUCAUGUGACUCUUGCUUAGAAGGUGAAAACCGAGGGAUAAAAUGACAGUAUUAACGCCUCUCUUUGUUUUGGUUGUAACUAUAUUUCUCUUUAUAUAAGCCAUCAAGGUCUACCUUUAAUAUAGCUUUUUCAAGUAUAACAAAUAACCAAAAUAA